AUGAACCCUCAGAUACAACUUCCACGGCCAAAUGGUAGGCCCUCAAACUUUGGCUCAACACCAUCAACACGGCGGAAUGAAAUCCGUAUGCCGCGCUUCUUCAAGCGCCUAUUCAAGUUUCCGCAGAUGGACUUCGAGAUGGCCAUAUGGGAGAUCAUGAGCCUGAUAAUAGCGCCGAAGAAGGUCUUCAGGCAAAUAUACUACCAUAAACAAACAACAAAAACCUACCAUCGCCCCGACCCGUCGUUCACUUACCUUCUCUCCUUCUUCCUCACAUUAACCUCCCUCGCCUGGGGUUUCGCAUACGCUAACGGCUUCACACAAACACUUCACAUCACGCUCGUCUUCGUCUUCGUACACUUCCUCCUGCUGUCCCUCGUUACAGCAACAUUGUUCUACUUCCUGGUCGGCCGGUUAUUGGGGCCAGGUAACUCGCUGCUGCCAGGGCGGAGACGAGGGCUGUACAACCUGGGCGACACCGAAAGCAAGGAGGAGCUGGAGUUUGGAUAUUGCUGGGACGUGUCGAUACGUGCAUUCGUACCGGUUUGGGUCUUUCUCUAUGUCGUGCAGUUCUUGUGCAUGCCGCUUGUGGGAACGAACCACUGGGUCUCGCUACUCCUCGGAAACACACUCUACGUCAUCGCGCUCACUUACUACUUCAUCAUCACCUUUCUCGGCUACAACGCGCUACCGUUCCUACACCAUACCGAGCUCCUGCUUGUCCCAGUCGCGGUAGCAACAAUACUGUGGUUCGUAUCACUUUUUGGGUUCAACAUGGCGAAACACUUCGCACCAGUUCUAUGGACGGGCGCCAGACUGCGAAAGCACGUAGGCUGA